AUGGAAUCAUCGGAAGAAGAAGUGGGAGGUGAUGAAGACGACAAUGAAGUAAGAAUAGUAAAUAAUAGUGAUCAUGACAGUAACUCGUGCUUGGAAUACAGUUCAUUUGAGGAUUCCGAUAGUGAUGACGAUAAUAUUGAGCUCGAAUAUUUUAUUGGUAAAGAUAAAGCAACAAAAUGGUCUAAGACACCAUUGACAAGUAAAUUCGCUAAAACUAAAAAAAAAAAUAUAAUAAAUAUAACACCUGGUUCAAAAUUUACAACUGAAGAAAUUCAAAAUGAAGUAGGGGCUUUCCACAUAAUAUUUUCAGACAAAAUGGUUGAUGAAAUUAUUCAUUACACCAAUAUGUAUAUUUCGACAGUUCAAAAAAACUAUAAAAGAGAUAGAGAUGCCAAAUUUAUAACAAAAAAUGAAAUGAUGGCAUUUUUUGGUUUGUUGUUUUUGUCAGGAAUAAAAAAAGGGAAUCACACCAACUUUCUUGAACUUUGGGCUACAGAUGGUACUGGAAUUGAAGUUUUUCGGGCUUGUAUGAGCUGUAACCGUUUUCUUUUUAUUUUGAAUUCAAUGAGAUUCGACGAUAGAACUACUAGAAAUUAUAGAAGAUCUGAGGACAAACUAACUGCUGUGAGGUCAAUGCUUGAUCAAUUUGUAUAUAAUUGUAAAACAAGUUACUGCCUUAGUGAAUAUUUGACCAUUGACGAAAUGUUAGUCCCAUUUAGAGGUCGUUGUAGUUUUAUUCAGUAUAUACCAAGUAAACCUGCAAAAUAUGGCUUGAAAAUAUUUGCACUGGUUGAUGCAAAAUCAUUUUAUACGGGGAAUUUAGAAAUUUAUUGUGGGACGCAACCAGACGGGCCUUACAAUAUGUCUUCCAAGCCAUUUGAUAUUGUCAUGAGAUUACUUGACAAUGUAACGGGAUCAAAUCGUAACCUAACAUGUGAUAAUUGGUAUACUAGUUAUCCCUUGGCUACUGAAUUACUAAAAAAGCAAACAACUAUAGUAGGAACAUUGAGAAAAAAUAAAAAGGAGAUUCCAGUAGACUUUCAACCACAUAAAAAUAAAGCAGUUAAUUCUUCAUUUUUUGGAUUUCAAAAAGAAAUAAUGAUAACAUCAUAUACUCCUAAAAAAAAUAAAGCUGUAAUUCUAUUAUCAACUAUGCAUAAUGAUACGUCAGUAAAUAGUGAGACAAAAAAACCUGAAGUUAUACACUUUUACAAUUCCACAAAAGGAGGCGUGGACACUGUCGACCAAAUGUGUGGGAAUUAUUCAGUUUCUAGGAGAACACGCAGAUGGCCAUUAUCAAUAUUUUUUCAACUUCUCAACAUUGCAGGUAUAAAUGCAAAUAUUCUAUAUAACAAUACACAAAUAGAAAAAAAACAUAAGAAUAGGAGGUCAUUUCUAAAAUCACUUUCAAUGAAUUUGAUGAAUAACCACUUGAGUGAAAGAUCACAGAUGGCAAAUCUCCCUACUGACAUAAAACAUUUUUUAUCAAAAUAUGAAACAAAAGAAGUGGACGUUCAAGAACCUCCGACAAAAAUACGAAGUCGGUGUUAUUUGUGUGGAAGAGCCAAAAAUAGGGUGACAACAAUAAAAUGUUCUUCAUGUCAGAAGUUUAAAUGUAAAGAGCACGUAAAAGCUGUUGUCAGAUGUGAAAGAUGUAUAAUAAGUCAGGAUAGUGAGUAA